AUGCACGACUUACUAAAAGAAUCACCGACCUCACGAGAUAUGCCUUCCGGCUGCGCUGUAUGCGGCCCAGAGGAUUGGGCAGACAUGGAAGCGGUUGCUCGAGCAGGGAAUUUCGACAUCCUCCGAGGAGCGGCACAUAACAGAGCAUGGAUCAUGGGCCUAACCUAUUGCCGGAGCCGACAGUCAAUUGAUUCCUGCGAAGACCAUUUGCAUUCCCUCUGGUACAUCUAUUACCAAUGCUCCAGACACGUCUCCCACGAAAGCCUCGAGCAAGACAGAUUAGUCCUCGACAUCGUCCGGACACGAGGACGCGGACCUCUCACUAGGAAGGCACCGGGGGCUGGGAUCGAUAUUGCAAGAACUCUCGACGGGACAGUCUGGAACGACAUGCCGUUCCUUGCGACGGACAUGACAGAUUGCUGGAUCCACGACUUCGCCGCAAUGGACUCAAAACAGCGUCUUAAUUCUGCGUCUUUCCUUGCGAAGCUUGCGUCCACGCGCAUUGCGAACGAUCGACUUUGUCAGAUUGCUCUGGUCAUUUUCCGUGAUACAUUCGAGACCCAGCGUCACCUUGGUAGCUCUGAUGAGCCGGAUGAUGAAGAACCUCGUCGAUCAAACCAUGGUCUUACUAUUGCUUCGUUACUCCCAUCUGCAUGUGCUUGGAUCCGGGAAGCUGGGCAUAAUAUCAUACUCUUGUCCGAUGUCUCGUGGAAUGAGUGCUCUCAUAGUACCAUUGGGAGAGGUGGCUGGGAGUAUACGCAGUCGGAGCUAGGCCAGCGAGCGCCGAAUGGAUUUAGUGCAUGGAGAUGGUUAUACUGGCUUAAGCGGUUACAUCAGAUUGCAGAUGAGGCAUCAAAAGCAGAUGAGAAGGUUCUUGCAGAGCAGGCUGCGAAGGCAAUCGAAAUUAUGUUAGGUGAUGUUAAGCAGAGGAACUCUCAGAUUCUCAGGGUGUUCGAGGCUGCUAGCGAUACUGUGAACCAGGAUAAGGAUCUCGUGGGUCUGAAAAGGGAAUGGUAG